GUUCUGCUUUCCCUUCCCGCUUGCGCGCCCGAAAAAAUCGAAACUUUCCUCAAGAAUCUCCUCCCCGCCUACCUCACCAAGCAGACAGCCAUGGCGGAGGAGCAGAUGGAGGAGGCGGCGUCGUCGUCCGCGGCGGCUUCCGGCACGCCGUUCCAGCUCCAGUUCGACAAGCCCAUCCCCUUCCAGAUAAAACUGGCUGAGUGGAAUCCAGAGAAGGAUCUGCUUGCUAUGGUUACUGAUGACUCCAAGGUUCUCCUCCAUCGCUUCAAUUGGCAACGGCUAUGGACUAUAUCCCCUGGGAAGUGCAUCACAUCUAUUUGCUGGAGCCCUGAUGGUAAAGUAGUAGCUCUUGGUACAGAGGAUGGUUUGGUUCUUUUGCAUGAUGUUGAGAAUGGCAAGAUGUUACGAAGUACUAAAUCUCACGAUGUCGCUGUUGUAUGUUUGAAUUGGGUGGAAGAUGAACCACUCUCAAGGACUGACAAGGAUGACCUUUUAUCUUAUGAAGACCGCACAACCCGUUUCUUUCCUCCUGCUCCCGUGAUGCCUAGGGUAGGUGGGCUAAAUUCAGGGGAUACUGGUCUUGCGGAUGAGAAUGAAGAAGCCAUUCAGGCGUUUUCAAGUGCUUUCUGUCAACGUUUUAAUAUUCUGUCCAGUGGUGAUAAAGAUGGUUGCAUUUGCUUCAGUAUUUUUGGAAUAUUUCCAGUUGGAAAGAUAAACAUAAAUAAGGUUCCAAUUCAUGUACAAUCCUCUCAAUGUAAAACCAGUUACCGACUCCAGGGUGCUUCCAUAAGCAAGGUCUCUUUAUCCACAAACCUCCAUCAGUUGGUUCUUCUGUGCUGCGGAAAGCUGAUUAAUACUGAGAAACUUUCUAUCAGUAAAGAUAUUUCUGUUGGGUUACAUUGCGUGCACCUGGAUACUUCUAUCUUUUCCAACAGGAAAAAUGAGCUCCAUCAGGUGUCCCAACAAGCGUCAAGUAUUCAGGAUCUGGUCGAAGUUGUCCGCGCCUCCAUAUCGAUGAUGUCCAAACAAUGGUCGAAUGCUAUGAACUUAUUUCAUGAGAAAUUUAGCGCCUUGCCUUCUCUCAUCACUGCCCAUGGGAUGGAAUCUAGCUCUGAGGAUGAGUUUUUGAGUCUUUUGUUUGGGACACGUACAAGUCCAGCGCUACACCAAUUUCUAGUCAGCUCCCUUGGUGAAGUGGGUCUCAAGAGGAUAGCUAAGGCUAUUGACAGUGCUGGAAGAGAACUUCGUAUUGUUGUCAGUGAGCAUCUUCAGCCUGCAGUCGAAAUUAUUUCAUUCAGACUUGCAGAACUGAGAGGCCUUGCAAGAUGGCGUUCACGAUUUCAGAACAUUGGGUUAGAUGAAAAGCUUAUGGAUGGUGUAACUGAGAGAGUAGGGAUGCUGAUUGUGCAAGUCGAGCGCUUUUCUAGGGUUGCAGCUACAGUUCUUUAUCUGUUUCAAAAUUUCUUCAGCUGGGUAUUGAAGUGUGUCAAGAUAUUAUUAAGUGAACCAACUGAUCAAGUACCACCAGCAAACAGUGAACUUGUGGUGAUUUUUCUGAAGUUUCUUCUUGAUAAAGAUCCAAUCAAACAGUUACUCGAAACAGAUCAGAUAUUUGAAUGGGAUAUAGAUAGUGCAAGACAAGUUGAGCAGCUAGUAGUUUUCGGAGGAUUUACGGACACCCAAUUUUUGCAAAGGAGUUUGGCCAAACAAUUUAGCGAAUUGGAAGAAAGCUUGAAGGAGGCUUUCUUGAUGCCAUUCACCACCAUUUCUUCGCAAAUACAUUGUCAAGGAUUGCUUCCUCUUUACCCUGUUACAUCGUCUGAGGCCUUGUCAUCAACCUGUACCGCAUCGUCAAUUUCCUUCUAUAAGCAGGAUGAAGAUUCUCAGCAUAGCCCGUGUUCAUAUAGCUUGACUGACUACAUAUGCUUCAAGAUACCUGAUGGAUCGUUAAAUUUAAGAAAUUGCAUUGGUGUGAUAAAGAACUUCUGCAACUCACGCAGUACCAUCAACACACCAUCACUUUCAGGUUUUCUGCUGCGUAUGCCUGACGAAUAUGAGUGUGUUGAUCUGUCUCUUUACAAGGACAACCAGGUGGUCUUACUGCUGAGUGGAAAGUUCAGUUCUGAAAGUCCGGGAAGAUCUUUGAUGGUUAUGCUGCAGAUAGAAAACUUUUCUUUUUCACAGCUCUCAGGAACACUCCCUACAAAUUGUAACAGUCUCCAAGAAUUGCUGGCACUGGAACUCCAAUUGGACACAGAUCAUGGAAAAGUUCGUAGCAUACCUCACCUUUUGUCUACUCCGCUGGCAGUCAGUGCCUCAAGAGGAGUGGCUUGCAUCUUCUCGUCACGGAGGCAUGCUUUGGUCUAUAUCCUUGAUGAGGAUGAGGACGAGGGCGAGGAUGAAGAUUCAGAGAUGGACUGACCUUGGUACAACACCCAUUAGCUUAAGCUCGCCAUGCAGAAGUACCACACACCACCGCGUGCUGAAAACCAAGCAGAAAUAGCUGCCACGAUGGGCAACCUGCAUUCAUGAUUGCCGGGGCAUAGCACAUGACAUGCUGAAAUUAGGGCCCCUUCAGUUCUUACGACUAUGCAGAAUUGCCGAUGCUUGCUCUGAUUCCGAUUUCUGAAGCUGUUUUAGACCUCCUCAGUUGCUGCUACUCAGACCUCGGGGACACAUGCAGAGCAAACUAGGACUGUAACUGGUCCCCCUGGACAAGAUGGUGUUGUAGCAGAAAUGUACCUAGUUUCACUAUUAAUCGUGCGACGUUGUUAAACAUGGUUAAGAAUAUCUCAUGUAACUCCAGGACAGGACUGAAGAGCAUGUUAGUGUGAUGCGGCCAACGAGUUGGAGUUGUUCUGUAGCGUUUGAGGCGAGGUAGCCUAUGUUGUAUUUAUAGAGAAAAAUUGUUUUGGAUC